AAACCCUAUAAAAGAAGCAAUCAUUGAUCAACAACAAUUCACUUACACUCACUCUCAAACGCUACCUUGUCAAGCUGCAUCUUCCUAUUCAAACCUCAAAUCUCCACCGAUUCCGAUUCCAUCUCACACCAUUACUAAUUUCACCAUUUCCAUCAUGGAUUAUCAGGGUUAGGUGAUGUACCUAAAGAAGAGAGUAGUUGUUGUGUGACAGUUGUUGUGUUAGUCAAUGUAACUCACAAACUUUUUAUCUUCACCAAACAAAAAAACAAUGAAGAGGUUACUUAGGGACAUUCGCAUUCAUAGUUUACAAACUCAUAUCUUUGUGUUAAUCGCUUUGUGUCUCUUCACCUAUUCAUCCAGCUCCAAGAUCGGAGAAACUUGUGGUACAUGUGAUGUUGGUCUUACAUGUCAAACAUGUCCUGCGAAUGGGAAUACAAGACCCAGAUGUAGCAGAAUACAAACUUUAAACCCAACUACCAAAGUGAAAGGUUUACCGUUUAAUCGGUAUUCAUGGUUAACGUCGCAUAAUUCGUUUGCUUUAGCUGGGGCAAGAUCGGCCACAGGAUCCAUUAUCAUUGCUCCUAUGAACCAGGAUGACACGAUUGCUGAUCAACUUAAAAAUGGUGUUCGAGGGUUUAUGUUAGAUAUGUAUGAUUUUCAAAAUGCCAUAUGGUUGUGUCAUUCUACUCAAAACCAAUGUUUCAACUUCACCUCCUUUCAACCAGCAAUAAAUGCGCUUAAAGACAUGCAUUCGUUUCUAGACACAAAUCCAUCUGAAAUAAUCACCAUCUUCAUCGAGGAUUAUGUCAAAUCUCCUUCAGGCCUAACUAAGCUCUUCCAAGCUUCCGGAAUAAACAAGUACAUGUUUCCUCUUGCUCGGAUGCCUACAAAGGGUGAAGAUUGGCCUACCGUUGAUGACAUGAUCCAGAAGAAUCAACGCUUCAUCGCAUUCACCUCGAAAGCUUCCAAGGAAAAAUCUGAAGGCAUUGCUUUCCAGUGGAAAUAUGUAGUAGAAAACCAUUACGGAGAUGAAGGCAUGCAUGAGGGUUCUUGUUCGAACCGUGGAGAGUCACCACCAAUUGACUUAAAAUCUAGGUCAUUGGUUCUGGUUAACUUUUUUCGUUCUACUCCGAAUCGUUCUCAAUCCUGUGCCGAUAAUUCAGCUCCAUUACUUAACAUGAUAAAGACUUGCCAAAAAGCAGCCGGCAACAGAUGGCCAAAUUUCAUCGCUGUUGAUUACUAUCAGAGAAAUGAUGGAGGAGGAGCAGCAGAAGCUGUUGAUGAAGCAAAUGGUCAUCUCACUUGUGGAUGUGACAACAUCAACUAUUGCAAGGUUCUGGCAAAUGGUACGUUUGGUGCAUGUGAUGUUCCUCAAAUUUCUCCACCUCCACCUGCUGCAGAAGCUGCACCAGAUAGAAACCAACAAUCCCCCAAAAAUAAUCAGACAAGCAGUGCAUAUAUUGGUAGAGCAGCAACGAUGACGCGACGAGUUGUGUUAAUUUUGGUUGCCACAACUCUCUUGGCAUUUUUAUAAAUUUUUUACUAGUUUGGCAGUGUUAAUAAUCAUGUGAAAAUAUGUAUUUAUGUACCAGUAUUGUUGUACACAUUGAGUCAUUUGAUUCUGAGUAUUUUUGUAUAGAAUCUGAUUUGACUUA